AUGUAUUCAGUUCUUCUAGUAGGACAUGAUCCUAAAAUCCCUGAGACGGAUGCAGAUUAUGAAAAAAAGUUAGAAGAGAAACAAUAUAGAAAAUCUCAGGAUGAAAAGAAAUGGGAGAAAAAGCAUGAUAUCCAGAAGGCAAAGGGUGUUAAGAAAUGCGUGGUUAAGCGAGAACUUCAAUAUGAUAAAUUCCUAGAAUCUCCUGAGGAAGCAGAAGAAAGGGCUAUGAAAGCUAAACUUCAUGUCAAGGAAUAG